GUCCAUGGUGGCGGUGCAGCGGCAACUUCGAUCGAGCUCUCUCUUCUUUCACCGGACACACCAAAAGUUCAGGGAAGAACGAGAAAGAGAGAAGAAAAAACGUUGGUGGGAAGCCAUGAUUCUCGCGGUUCUCUUCGCUAACUCGGAAGGAAACAUCCUCGUCGAAAGGUUCAAUGGAGUUCCGGCCGAAGAACGGCUCCACUGGCGAUCAUUCUUGGUUAAGCUGGGAGCCGAAAACCUUAAAGGUGCAAAAAAUGAAGAGCUCCUUGUUGCUUGCCACAAGUCUGUCUAUAUCGUAUAUACAGUGCUUGGGGAUGUCAGCAUCUAUACUGUGGGCAAGGAUGAAUAUGAUGAGCUAGCCUUGUCGGAAGUGAUCUUCGUUAUAACAUCAGCUGUUAAAGAUGUAUGUGGGAAGCCUCCAACUGAGCGCCUUUUCCUCGAUAAGUAUGGAAAGAUAUGUUUAUGCCUGGAUGAAAUUGUUUGGAAGGGUUACCUGGAGAACACAGACAAAGAAAGAAUCAAAAGGCUAAUACGCUUAAAACCUCCAGUGGAUUUUUGAGUCGAGUCUGCUUCUAAUUGAUUGAAGACACUGAAGUUUCUCACCUAUGGAUGUUCUCGAUGGUGUUACCAGUGUCUUAAAACACAGGGAUUUCCCUAGAACGAUUUGGGAUCUUGAUCGAGCGAUGUUGUGUUUGAUUCUUUAUCUCAGACUACGGUGUUAAUAGUUCAUGACCGAAGAGAUAUCUUUCGACUUUCUAGUUGAUGUUACCGUUGUAAUUCUGUUGGCAGUGAUAGUGAUUUUAUAGUAUACGAGGAAAAACGCCAGGCUUCCAGAUCAUACAAUAAGCAAUGAGGCUUUCCGUCUAA